CAAAUCGAUUAAAAGAACCCCCACAACUACGAGCUAGGGUUGCUUACGCCGGCUGAGAGAGACCAAACCAACAAACAACAACAAAAUCAUCCUCCGCGCGACGGUUCUUAAAUCUUCUCACCAAAGCUUCUCGAGAGAGCUUUACACACAGACAGACACACGAUGGACGAGAUUUGGGAAAGAGCUGUAGAAGCGGCUCUAGACGGCCAACCAGACCCGUUAGCCACACGGACGUUAACACUAGACGGCGCCGUCAAAUGCCUCCAGGGACGCCUCCCGCCGCCACCCCUCCUGGAGAAGUUCCGCAACCUCCACCACCUCUCCAUAGCCAACAUCGGCGUCUCGUCGCUCGAGCAGUUCCCCAGGCUCCCCAAUCUCCAAAAGCUCGUCCUUUCCGACAACCGGAUCACUUCCGGUCUGGAGUUUCUGGUCGAGGCCGGUUUGGAUUCGCUUCGCGAUUUGGAUUUGUCGAACAACCGGAUCCACUCGGUGGAGGAUCUGUCGCCUCUGGCGAGGCUGAAGAUUGUGUCUUUGGAUCUGUACGAGUGUCCGGUGACUAGGGUUGGGGAGUACCGGGCUAGGGUUUUUGGGUUGGUUAAGAGUUUGAAGUUUUUGGAUAAGUCUGAUAGGUUAGGGAACGAGAGGCCUGAGAGUGAUGAUGAUGAUGAGGAGGAGGAGGAUGAGGAGGAUGAUGAGGAGGAUGAUGAGGAGGAGGAUGGGGAGGAGGAAGAGGAGGAUGAUGAUGAGGAGGAUCCUGGGAGUGGGGAGGUUGAUGGGGAUGAGAGAGUUGGUGGUGUUUGGAUGAGUAAUGGGCAUAGUGAGAGAGUUGAUGGGGUUGUUGAUGUUGAUGAGGAUGAGGAGAGUGAUGCUGAGGAUGAGGAGGGUGGUGGAAGGGCUAAUGGGUUUCGUCUUCAAGCUGUGGAUGGGGAGGAUAGCGAGUCCGAGUCCGGGGAGGAGAUUGAUGAGGAGGAAGUUGGGGAUGAUGAUGUGGUUGAGGUUCAUGAGAUUGAGGAUAGUGAUAAUGAGGAAGAUGGGGUUGAUGAUGAGGAGGAUGAAGAGGAGGAGGAGGAGGAUGAAGUGGAUAAUGUCGAUCGUGGUCUUGGUGGGUCAGGGAGUAGUACUGGACGGUUGAUGAAUGCGGUGGAGAUUGAUGGGCAUGAGCAAGGGGAUGAUGAUGAGGAUAAUGAUGGUGAGACUGGUGAAGACGACCAAGGGGUUGAGGAUGAUGUUGAGUUUGGUGAUGAUGAUGAUGAUGAUGAUGAUGAUGGUGAAGAGGAGGAUGAAGAAUCUGGUGAAGGGUAUCUUGUUCAGCCAGUCUCUCAAGUGGAAGAUCAUGAUGCUGUGGGUAGUGACAUCGAACCCAUUAACGAGGACAACGAUCCAGAUGAAGAAGAAGAAGUGGAAGAUGAUCUCCCAAUGCCUGACCAGUCCUUGCCAUCAUCAUCUCGUCCAAAGAGAAAACGUGAUGGUGAUGAAGAUGAUGAUGAUGUUGAUGAUGAUGACGAUGAUGAUGAUGAUGACGAUGAUGGGGUUGAUGAUGAGGAAGAUUAGUUGUGUACACACAAACCGUUGCUACUUGUGGAAUAGGGCGGCAAUGUUCAAAAUAGUCAGUUAUGGUGAGGCUGGUGGAUUUUCAAAUGACGGUUACUCAAGUUGGAUUUACCGCCCUUUUAGAAACCCCCAACGUUAUGGAGGGAAAGAACCAAAAAAAAACAAAGACAGGAAAUGAUAGUGUUCUCGAGACCUUGUUUCUCUGUUAGAGGGUCUUGUAACAUGCCUUUAUGUAAUAAAUUUUUUGAAGUUAUAUCUCAUCAGUCUUCUGUUUCACUACA